CUUAGACCAAUACAAACAUGGGUGUUGCCUCAUGCAAGAGAACUCAAGUAACUAGAGCCAAUCCCUUUGCUCUAGUGAGUGACUCAACAACUCUGUACAAUAAACCAGUCAGAUAAAAUUGCUCUUUAUUGAGAGUUUGGAGAGGAUCUGCUCAGUCUUGGCCAACAAUGGAGGCAAUAACUGCUGUUCUGGGCUUGGAAUGGAUCGACAGCAGGAGCAUUUUGGUAUUUCUGUUUGUCUUUCUGUUGCUGAGUGAUUAUUUAGUCAACAGACGACCAAAAAACUUUCCUCCUGGGCCCCAUUCUCUCCCUUUCAUUGGAGAUCUUCAUCACAUCAACCCUUACAGGCUUCACCUGCAGCUCACAGAGUUUGCAGAAAAAUAUGGAAAUGUUUUCAGCCUUCAUCUCUUUGGUCAAAGAGCAGUGAUCCUGAAUGGACACAAGCAGGUGAAAGAGGCCUUGAUCCAAAAAGGAGACGACUUUGUGGAUCGUCCCAACAUCCCACUGUUUGAGCAGAUUUAUUCAAACAAAGGCAUUGUGGUGUCAAAUGGUUAUCCAUGGAAGCAACAGAGGAGAUUUGCUCUUCAUACACUAAGAAACUUUGGUUUAGGCAAAAAGACAAUGGAGAAAUAUAUCCAGGAGGAGUGCCACUAUCUCUCAGAAGCUUUUGCAGAGCUCAAGGGUAAGCCAUUUAAUGCCCAGGCACUGAUAAACAACGCAGUGUCCAAUAUCAUUUGUUGUCUGGUUUUUGGGGAACGAUAUGAGUAUUCUGACAAGGAGUACCAGCAAAUUCUGAAGGACAUUAAUGACAUCGUGAUCCUACAGGGAGGUUUUUCAGUUCAGCUCUUCAACUCGUUUCCUUGGCUGAUGAAG